AUGAACGCCGCCAUCAGCGGACAACGCUCGCAGUCCGAGAACCUGAACGGCGCACUCGAUAGCCUUGAAAGGUUCGUUCAUCAAGCCAGGAAUGCCCUGUCCCACCCGAUAGUCGACCCUGAGGCUGCAAUCCGGGCUGCAACCGAGAAUGUAACCCAGGCUAUGAUGUCGCAGAUUUUGGCACGGUUCGACGCCCUGGACCGAUCCAUAGCUGGGGUCAACCAGAAGGUUGGUCGACUUGACCAGAGGGUUGGUCGAGUGGAGGAGAAUGUCGCCGCUGUCGAUCGCAAAGUUGAUAACCUUGGCCGCAAGCUCAGUUACUAUGACCACAACGCUAUCGCUCGGGUGAGCAACAGCGGCGCGACGAAGCGCAACUUUGAACUCACUGCACUGUUGAAUGUCGAAACUGGCGAAGAGAUCUCUUCUUUCCCCGCUACCUUUGGCGAAGCGGAUCAGUUGAGCGGUGUGUUGGCCCCGGUCUGA